AUGCGCGGUGGUGCGAGGUGUAGUGCCUCUCUCCGCCAACUACGGCUUUCCCGGCCGUUGGCGGAUGGCGGCCGGUAUGCGAGGGCCCUUCGGACGAGCGCGGCGCCACAGGCGUUGAGGUCGCUGCCAUAUUGCCGCACGCAACGGCCGGAACUUGCGAUCCAGGGCGCCAGCUUGUCGACGUCGUGCCCCAAUCGAUCUCGGUCAAUGGCUACAGUUGUCGACGCGGACCCCAUUGUCCACGACGGAGGUCCAAUUCCAGAGUACGAUAGGCGGGUGGAAGUGGGCAAGUUGCGAAACGACGAGCAUCAAAGAGGCAUCAUUCAGAAUCUUCAGAAUCUCCAUGGGGAACUGCGCAAUUAUAACGCCCCGCCCGUCAAGCACCCGAGCAUCGAAUCUCUCAAGCCCACACCCAAGAAGUCUGUAUUCUCGUCGCUCUUUAGCAAGGGGCCAAGCAAGCCCGCUAUUGGAGAUAUCCCCAACAACCUUCCUCGAGGCUUGUAUCUGUACGGCGAUGUCGGAUGCGGCAAGACCAUGUUGAUGGACCUGUUUUAUGAGACUCUGCCCGCAUCUGUGAAAUCGAAAACCCGCAUCCACUUCAACAACUUCAUGCAAGAUGUGCACAAGAGGUUGCACCGCAUCAAGAUGGAGCAUGGAAACGACAUUGACGCUGUGCCAUAUAUCACGGCUGAGAUUGCUCAGCAGGGCAACGUGCUCUGCUUUGACGAGUUUCAACUACUGGAAUCCCUCAUGUCUCACGGUGUAGUGUUGGUGACAACAUCCAACAGACACCCCGAUGAGCUGUAUAAGAACGGUGUCCAGCGAGAGUCCUUCAUCCCCGCCAUCGAUCUCCUCAAGAACCGCCUACAUGUCAUCAACCUCGAUUCACCAACCGAUUACCGUAAAAUUCCCCGACCACCUUCCGAUGUCUAUCAUACGUCUCUCGACAGCCACGCCCAUGCCCACGCGGAGAAGUGGUUCCGAUUCCUUGGUGAUCCCGAGCAGCCUGAACCUCGACCAGAAAUCCAGAAGGUCUGGGGCCGAGAGAUUUAUGUUCCCCGAGUCAGUGGGCGAGCAGCCUGGUUCACCUUUGACGAGCUCAUCCGACAACCAAAGUCAGCAGCCGACUACCUCGAAUUGGUCCGCUCUUACGAGGCUUUCAUCGUCACGGACAUUCCCGGAAUGACUCAUCAGCAACGUGAUCUUGCCCGUCGAUUCAUCACCUUCAUCGAUGUCGUAUACGAGGGUAAUGCCAAGCUGGUCUUAACCACUGAGAAGCCCCUCACUGAGCUCUUUGUUUCCCGGGACGAAAUCGCCGAGAGUCUUAUGAAGCAGGGCUUGAAACACGACCAGGCUGCAGAGGCCGCCAAGAAUGACCUGGAACACAACGUGAACAACCUCAAAGACUCGAAUCUCUUUGCUGGAUCAGAAGAAGCCUUUGCCUUUGCCAGAGCGUUGAGUCGACUGCGGCACAUGGAGAGCAAAGAGUGGGUGGAAAGGGGCAUGGGCCUCGAGAGCCAGGGCGGUAAGCAGGAGCAGGAGAACUGGAACAAGACGAGGAGUCGACAGAUGGAGGAUUCGAUGUAA